AAAAAAUAUUAGGUUUAUCUAAUAUUCUUAUAAAUAGAUGCUUGGUUGAGGUGAAGGCAUACUUCUCAGGUCUCAUAAGAUUCCGAAAGCCUCAAGCAUUCAGUCAUCUUCCAGAUACAUAUAAUGGCUGGAGUGCAAAAGGAAUUCCUAAUUUCAACAGCAUCCAACUUAGGAGUGGAAGAUGGUUCCAUGCCUAAUGCCAACACCCGUCGAAAUGGAAACCAUCAUCCUAACUUGUGGAGUGAUGAUUUCAUACAAUCUCUUAGUUCUCAAUAUGGGGAUUCACUAUACCACAAACAUAGGGAAACGCUAAUUAAUGAGGUUCACAAAAUCUUUUCCAACAAAGAAGAAGAAUUUGGUCUACUUCAAAGGCUUUGGUUCGUUGAUAUUGUACAAUGCUUGGGAAUAGAUGGAUAUUUCCAAGAGGAAAUCAAAACAACACUUGACUAUACUUACAAGUGUUGGAAUCAAAAUAUAUUUGGAGAUCUCAACAUGACAGCUUUAGGAUUUCGGAUGCUACGAUUGAAUAGAUAUGAUGUUUCCUCAGAUGUAUUUCAAAAAUUCAAAGGCGAGAAAGGACAAUUCUUUGGCUUUGGACCUAAUCAAGAAUAUACCAAAUUAGCGAGUAUGUUGAAUUUAUAUAAAGCUUCAGAGCUAGAUUUUCCUGGAGAAAUAAUCUUAAAAGAAGCUAAAGUUUUCACAUCAACAUGCCUGCAAGAGGCUAUGAAGGAACAUGGGGAGACAAUUGAAAAUAAAAACCCACUUCUAAUGGAGAUUGAGUACAUUUUGAAAAAUCCUUGGAAAUGUAGGAUUCCAAGAUGGGAAACUUGGAACUUUAUUCAAAUAUUCAAACAACAAAAUCGCAAUGAAUGGCUUGCCAAUGACAUUUAUAAGAUGUCGAAUACAUAUAGACAAAAGUUGUUGGAAGUAGCAAUAUUGGACUUCAAUAUUUUACAGGCUCAACAUCAAUAUGAAUUGAAAUUAAUCUCCACAUGGUGGAAGCAUUCAACUGCAAUUAGUCUUGAUUUCUUUCGGCAUCGCCAUGUGGAAUUUUACUUUUGGUGGGCUUGCUCAUUAUUUGAGACCGAGUUCAGUGCUAGUAGAAUUGGUUUUACAAAAUUGGCUACCAGUCUUUCACUCAUAGAUGAUAUUUAUGACACAUUUGGAACAAUUGAUGAAUUGAAACCCUUCACCACUGCAUUGAUAAGAUGGGAUAUUUCCAUCAUAGAGAAUCUUCCGAACUAUAUGAAAAUCGCUUUCAAAUUUGCAUACGAAAUACACAAGGAAAUUGCAAGUGAAGCUGAAACAAAACAUGGCCCCAUUGUUCACAAAUACAUUCAAAAUUGUUGGGAGAGUUUUAUUCUAUCUUACUUUCAAGAAGCGAAAUGGAUAGCUUCUAAUUGUACACCAAAUUUUGAAGAAUAUGUAUCGAAUGGAACAACAAGCAGUGGUAUGCGAGUUUUAAUGAUGCAUUCAUUGAUACUGAUGAACACUACUUUAUCAGAUAAGAUUUUGGAGCAACUUGAUAUUCCAUCAUCAAAGUUCCAACAUCUUGUGUCAUUGAUUACUCGACUAGUUGAUGAUAUUGAAGAUUUUGAGGAUGAGAAAGCUCGUGGAGAAACAGCUUCAAGCAUAGAGUGUUACAUGAAAGAUAACCAAGGUUCUACAAAGGAGGAUGCUUUAAAUUAUAUUACAAGUCGUGUUGAUAUUUGUGUACAGGAGUUGAAUAAGGAGUUUCUUAAGCCUUCAGGCAUACCAAAUUGUUGUAGGAGGUUAUAUUUUAAUGCUGGCAUGAGAGGUGUAUUUUUCUUGUUCAAGGAUUCUGAUGGUAUAACACAUUCUCAUCAAAAAGAGAUAUGUGAUGCAAUAAUGAAAGUUCUAAUGGAGCCAAUAAUAGCAUAGUUAUAAAUUUAGGUCCUAAAUUAACUAUAGUAUCAUAUCCAAACAAUUAGAAUAAAUUGGAUCACAUCUCAAUAUAAUUUGGAUGUGGGGAUUGAUUAUGAAUUAUAUUUCUUUUAAUAUCAUUUAGCACAUUUUAAUUGAUGUGCUUCUGAUUGGAUUGUUAAAUAGAUUAAAUAUGAAAUUGAUUGCUAGAUGUUUAUUAAUGA